AAUCACAUUAUUUACAAACAAAUAAUGAAUUGAUUUAUAAAUAGUUUGAUUGAAAUGUCAAACAAUUACAAGAUUUUGGUUUAUUUUCUCAAAUCAUUUGGCAGUUCAUUGAGAAUAGGUUUGGGUCUCAGGAACCGAUCCAUCGAUCAAUUGGUCUCAAAAGACUUGUUGAAUGAAUUGAGUGGUACUGUGAGGAAGAAUUGCAGACAAUUUGAGUCAAUUGUGGACAGAAAUGGUCGCAAACAGACCACAAGAAGUGGUCAUCAAAACCACCGAAAUAGAAAGACUUCGAUGAAUAGGUCUGAAGUGAUGGACAGGUCUUAUAUGGUAUACGAAGGCAUUCGUCAAUACUUGCAAUACGUGUCCAAAAAUAAGUUGAAUUCAAAUCAAUUUGUUUCGCGAAUGAGUGNCUUAUAUGCCAAACCUCCGCUUAACGAUAAUCUCAGACAAAAUUUGAGCCAACGAUCAAAAGAGCGUAAAGUGCCGGCCAAUAGAGUCAGUCGUAUGGCUUCAUUCGGCAGUUUAGCCGUUGGUCUCGGAUUCGGUGCACUCGAAGAGAUCACCAAAAAAACGUUAGGAUUUUCAUCCGGUUCUUCGCAAACCAUUUUGGGUUCAAAUCCAUUGUUAACGGAAGCGAAUGCCAACAGAAUAGUGGAUACUUUAUGUCGUGUGAGGGGAGCGGCCCUUAAAUUGGGACAAAUGCUUAGCAUUCAA